AUGGCACCCGACUUGUUCUUAUGGACACCCCUACUACUUCCCUUCGUCUUCUCUUGGAUAGUGCCGGUGCUCGCUCAUGAACAUCAUGGAGCAGACCUUACAGAAGAGCAACUAAACGCCCCAGUUGAUGCCAUUCUCUGGAUACAUAUCGCCCUCCAAGCUAUCGUAUGGGGUUUCAUAUUCCCCGUGGGUAUGGUACUUGGACUUGCACGAAGUAAAUGGCAUGUUCCUGUACAAAGUCUCGCCUUUGCCCUAACUUUUGGCGGUAUAAUUCUUGGCCAUGCGCAUGGCGGUCGACAGUUCCCUUCUUCUAUCCACUCACAUAUCGGAUCAUGGAUUUUGGUCCCUAUUCUCGCCCAGCUGUGCCUUGGAAUCUAUCUCAAGCUUCAUAUCCAUGAACGUACCCUACGACCAUACGCUGUGCGCGCCCAUGGCAUCUUAGGGCGUAUAUGGCCUAUCCUUGGUUGGGUCCAGGGCUUGUUUGGCGUCAUCACACUGAGAGGGUUCUGCGGGGAGGUGGGAGCCGGACAAUGUGCUGCGCACUAUAUUAUGGGAAGCGCAUUCAUUGCCUAUGGUAUCAUUAUGACGCUCUUACUCGUUGUCGGGGACGACUGGGUCCACCGCAGCGGCCGCAGCCCCGAAUGGUGGGAUUCGUGGGUGAUUAUGCUUUGGGGCACAGUCAAUACAUUUACUGAGCACCACGGUGGUGAAUGGAGUGUGAAAGAUAUGCAGCAUACGAUUCUUGGGAUACUGUGGUGGGCAGGAGGCGCUCUUGGCAUAUUCCUGUCUCGGAAUAAUCAGCGAAAUGUUGUCCCCGGCGUGAUCAUAAUACUAACAGGAUGGGCUAUGUCAGACCAUACCCAGGCUCUGAUGUUGUCCACGAAGGUUCACUCUAUGUUCGGGUACUCGCUGAUGCUCGCCGGUUUUGCACGUAUCCUUGAGGUUUGUUUCAUAUCGCUGCCGCCUUCACCGCUAUCGGAGACGCCUCCGCUGGAUGAUAGUGAUUCAGAACACACCCUGGCGCCUUCUGCGCCCAAAGAUCCGGCGUUGCCACAAAAUCAAAUGCUGCCCGAGCAUUCAGGCACUUGCCACCUUGCUUCUGGGUUACUCUUUAUGUCUGCUACAGACGAGGAGCUCGAAGCCGUCCAUGAGGAAGGAAUGGAUCACGUCACAUAUGUACUGUCGAUGUACAGCAUUGCAUUUCUGUUCUACCUCCUCACUGUCUUCUUGCUGCACUUUUACUCCACGUCUGGGCGGAAUGCGUCGUCUGCGCAGCAGCCUAGUGUUGUUUUCUCCGCUGAGGGCAUUGAGUUGUCAGACCCGUCUGAUGCGAGUAAGUGGUAUGCGCCACUAUCAAGGGAGGAAGGAAGGUCGGCGGCAGUGCAUGUACUUGGAGAGGACGAGGAUGAUUGA